AGUUACGUCAGCUUCCAUCCACUCAAUUCGCUCGCUCCAAUUCCCAUUAGAAGGUUUCCAGAAUUCAUAGCAGUCAGGCCAACUUCUUACGGACCUCAAAACUUGAUUACUCUCGCUCUAAAACCUCUAAACCAUCCUCCCGCUGUGUCUUUUCGUGUUUGCCUCUUCUGCCUUGUCUGAAUUCGUGGUGGUUCACCUGCUUUUCUAUUUUCAAUUAAAACCCACGUUUAUUAUCUCAUCUCUUUUCCAAACAUUUUCCCCUUCUUUUUAAAUAAAUCUCUCUCCAUAUUGAUUGAUAUUCACGUUCCUUGCUGCAUUCGCCUAACUUCUUAUCUCAACAAUUCGGUAUUCUCUCCAACCAUGGUCUUGUUCAAAUUUUGAGCCCUCUGCUUAUGGAUCUGGAAACUGGGGUUUAUCCGAAGUAUGCUAAGAAGGAUUCAUGGAAGACAGUUCUGACUCUAGCUUUUCAGAGUCUUGGGGUCGUCUAUGGUGAUUUAAGCACCUCACCUCUAUACGUGUAUAGGAACACUUUUGCUGAAGAAGACAUUGAACACUCGAAGACCAACGAAGAGAUUUACGGCGUUUUGUCAUUCAUUUUCUGGACCCUUACCAUUGUCCCUUUGCUCAAAUAUGUAUUUAUUGUGCUCAAAGCAGACGAUAAUGGCGAGGGAGGGACUUUUGCUCUCUACUCAUUGUUGUGUCGACACGCCCGAGUCGGCUGGUUGCCCAAUGUUCAAGCGGCAGACGAGGAGCUGGCUGAGUACAAGAAAGAAACCAUAAUUUUGCCACCCAAAAAAAGCUUUGCAUCUAAGCUGAAAUCCACGUUAGAAUCGCAUAAGGUAUUGCAGACACUUUUGCUCAUUCUGGCUUUGAUCGGGACGUGUAUGGUAAUUGGCGACGGCAUCUUAACGCCUGCUAUUUCUGUUUUUUCUGCUGUCUCUGGACUGGAGUUCACGAUGUCAAAACAGCAUCAUAAAUAUGUGGAAGUUCCAGCUGCGUGCAUCAUACUGAUAGGCUUGUUUGCCCUUCAACAUUAUGGAACGCACAGGGUUGGGUUCUUGUUUGCUCCUAUAGUUACAACAUGGCUUCUGUGCAUUAGUGCAAUUGGUUUAUACAACAUCAUUCACUGGAAUCCUCAUGUUUAUCAAGCACUUUCUCCUUAUCAUAUGUUCCUAUUCUUGAAGAAAACAAGGAGAGGAGGUUGGAUGUCACUAGGAGGGAUUCUACUUUGUAUAACUGGUUCAGAAGCCAUGUUUGCUGAUCUUGGACACUUUUCACAAUCAUCCAUCCAGAUUGCAUUUAGCUUUAUGGUGUAUCCAUCUUUGGUUUUAGCUUAUAUGGGGCAGGCUGCGUAUCUAUCUCAACAUCAUUCGAUACCAAAUGAUUAUCGAAUUGGAUUCUAUAUAUCUGUUCCAGAGAAGUUACGUUGGCCUGUUCUAGUAAUUGCCAUCCUUGCUGCUGUAGUAGGAAGCCAGGCCAUCAUCACUGGAACUUUCUCGAUUAUUAAGCAAUGCUCUGCUUUGAAUUGCUUCCCCAGAGUCAAAAUAGUUCAUACAUCAUCUAAAAUUCAUGGUCAAAUUUAUAUCCCUGAGAUUAAUUGGAUCCUGAUGCUAUUAUGCUUAGCCGUUACAAUUGGUUUCAGAGAUACAAAACGUUUGGGUAAUGCAUCAGGCUUGGCAGUAAUCACGGUGAUGUUGGUGACGACCUGUUUAAUGUCGUUGGUCAUUGUGAUUUGCUGGCACCAGAGUGUUGUCCUAGCAAUUUUCUUUGUGGUCUUCUUUGGGUCAAUUGAAGCCAUGUAUUUUUCAGCUUCUCUCAUUAAGUUUCUAGAAGGAGCAUGGGUUCCCAUUGUGCUUGCCGUGGUCUUCAUGAUUAUUAUGUAUGUGUGGCACUAUGGAACGCUGAAGAAGUAUGAAUUUGAUUUUCAAAAUAAGGUCUCAAUGAAUUGGUUGCUUAGUGUGGGAUCCAGUCUAGGUAUUGUCCGAGUCCGCGGGAUUGGCAUUGUGCACACUGAACUUGUCUCAGGGCUUCCAGCAAUGUUUUCACACUUCGUGACCAACCUUCCUGCGUUCCACCAGGUGGUGGUUUUUCUUUGCAUCAAGUCUGUUCCAGUCCCACAUGUUAAACCUGAAGAGCGGUUCCUAGUUGGUCGAAUUGGAGCUCGUGAGUACAGGUUGUACAGGUGCGUUGUGCGAUAUGGAUACAGAGAUGUGCACAAGGAUGACACCGAGUUUGAAAAAGAUCUUGUAUGUAGUAUAGCUGAGUUUAUAAGAUCACAGAAGGUGGAAUCCAGUGGUUGCAAUGCUAAUGCAGAGGAUGAUAUUUGGAAGGAAAAUGAGAGAAUGACAGUAGUUGGAAUGUGCUGUACGCAUAGAGACGGAAUUCAAAUGCAAGAGGAUGAUGAUGAAGAGUUAGGGGAGACGUCUGAGCAUAGGGAAAUAAUGUCACCACGAUGUCGGAAUCGUAUCGUCCGGGCACCCAGGAAAAGGGUGAGGUUUAUUGUGCCGGAGAGUCCAAAAGUUGAGGCAACAGCAAUGGAGGAACUGCAGGAGUUGAUGGAAGCAAGGGAAGCAGGAGUUGCUUACAUAUUGGGUCAGGCGCAUACUAAAGCAAAGCAGGGAUCCAGCAUGCUACGAAAGCUUAUAAUUAAUUAUGGGUAUGAAUUGUUAAGGAGGAAUAGCAGGGGACCCAGUUACCCCCUCAAUUUACCCCAUGCGUCUACUCUUGAGGUAGGAAUGUUGUACCAUCUCUGAAAACCCACACCCACCUAAAAUCUCUAUUAAUUGUACAUCUUGUAUCGUCUUACUCACUAAAUCUUUACACUUGUAUAUACCUUGUUUGAGUUUUCAAUCUCGUCCUUUCCAACUACCAUUUAAUUCUUAUGUUGCCCCACCCAAUGAUACCUCAUAAGAACCCGACCAUUC